AUGCGAGCCGCGUGUGUUUGGUCAUUUGUUGCUGUCUGGGUGGUCGGCUCCCAGCGGGCAGCAACGCGUAACGACUCCUCUCUUCUUGGAGAGGCGAUGGUGCCGCGCACGGAGAGUUUACUGAAUGUUUCUGCGGAUUCGGGGAACCGGACUUCGGGAUUUUUCCUCUUGGAUUUCGAUGAUGGGAUGCUGGAGGAAUGGCGCUCAUUGGCGAAUAGGAAGAGCAGCGGGAAAGAGUCGCAGGAGUGCGGAGUCAAGGUGCUGCUGGUGGCCGCCUACUCGCUCAUCAUCGUGGUGUCCCUGUUCGGGAACACGCUGGUGUGCCAUGUGGUGGCCAAAAACAAGCGCACCCAGUCCUCCACCAGCUUGUUCAUCCUGAACCUGGCAGUUGCUGAUAUUUUCAUCACAGUGCUCAAUACCCCAUUUACUCUGGUCCGAUUUGUGCACAGCACCUGGGUGUUUGGGAGGACAAUGUGCCACAUCAGUCGAUUUGUACAAUACUGCUCUCUGCACGUAUCCACUUUGACGCUCACCGCCAUUGCUCUGGACAGAAGACAG